AUGUCGUAUAUUUACGACGAGAAGCCUCCACCAGCGCCACUACGUUACGCUUCGGUGUCCUCCGUGAACGGUGUGAGAAACAAUGGCUACGACUUGAAACCGUUGCCCUUAACCCCAGAACAAAUGUAUUAUGAUCAACAAUCGAUAGCAUCGUCGAGUGCACCACUACUAACCAAUGGGAAGUCCAAAAAGAAGACGACUGUUUUUGGGGGAAAAAGUAGGUUUUAGUGGUACUGCUGGUACUGAAAAAUGUUUUUUUGGAUUAAUUUUUUGUGUCAUGGUAAAAUACGAAGUCUGAAACCCUUAGAACAAAGACUGUUUAGUUUCAAAAAGGGUUUGAAAGGUCUGUAAAGGGGUAUGUUUGGCCUUAACUUAUCGUUCUCGAAACCGGGUAUACCUUGUGUAACAUAAAGCCUCAUAACUUAUAAAAUAACUUUAGUUACUACAUAAAAUAUGGUUGGAUAGAUGUCAAAGAGACUACAAAAUGAUUUUAUAUUAAAUACAUGACUAAAAACAUCAAGAAAAUUUGAGUAGAACAAAGUUAUAUUACAUUAGAGAUUUUAGGUACCUAGUGAAAUAUAAUAAUCUGUAAAUUGAAAAAUAUUGUUCUAAUCAUAUAAAAUAAUGUUUUGUUAGUUAGAAUACAAUAUCAGCUCGCUUUUGACUAAAUUUUAUUAUGGUACGAAAUGAGGAAUGUAUUUUUAUAUUAAAAAAUAUAUUACACUUGACAUCAGAUGUGCUUAGUGUAAUAUAAUGAGCUGUUACUUAAAAAAUCCUUUAUAACGUGACAAAGUUAAUACAGAAAAAUGUAAAAUACGGUUUUUCUUGAAUGUAAAAUACGGUUUUUUUUCUAACUAAUAUUUUUAAAUUUAGGUAAGAAAGAAAAAGAGAAAGUCUCGGACAAGCCCAUCAUUUCGUUACCAUCUGAUUUCCAACACACAGUUCAUGUUGGUUAUGACCCGAAAACAGGUGAAUUUACUGGAAUGCCAAAGCAUUGGGAGAUGCUCCUUCAACAAUCACAAAUUUCAAAGUCCGAACAACAGAAAAACCCGCAGGCAGUGCUGAAUGCGCUGAAAUAUUACACUAACAAUGACCAGAAGAACCAGAAAUGGAUGCAGAGCUAUGAUGGUAAGAGUUUUGUUGUUGUUGCUUGGAAUUUUAAGUUUUGUAAAGAAAGUUCUUGCUAUUUUUUGGUUUAUAAAGAAAUUUUUUGUCAUUUUUAGUUUUGUAAAGAAAGUUCUUGUCAUUCCGAACCUCCUAAACCUUAUUUUUUAGUCCGAGAACAACUCUCACCCUACAACCAGGCCGGCCACACGAAUCACGGGUAUCAGCCAUUCAACCAUCAACUAAAACAACAUCCACAACUAUCGUCGUUUGGCCUUCAACAUUCGUCUUACUCGACCGGCUCUCUUCCCUACCUCACUCAACUCAAACAACAACAUUCGUAUCAACAACCUCCACAGAACCUAGUCAGCUCACAGAGAAAGUUCAGUCAAGGCGAAACCCUGAAUCAAGUCAAUGGCAAUGAUAGGUUGUAUAAAAAUGAUCGUCUCAGCAGUGAAAGUAGGUUUUUUGGUUUAGAAAUGGGUUUUUUGAAGUUUAGGUAACAACUUGAAGAUGGAAUUUGAUUUUUGGGGGUUAAAGGCAGUUUUUUGAAAUUUUAGGUAACAAAAACGGAUUUAGAGGAAAUUUGAGUUCUUUUUUGAAAUUUAGGUAACAACUUGAAAAGUGUUACUUUUUAGAUAACAAAAAUGAAUUUUUAAAGGAAAUUUGAAGGGUUUUUCGUAUUUUAGGUAACAAAUUAAAAAUUUUUUAUAUUGUUUAAUAAAAAUGGGGUUUUAAGAGUUUUUUGACGGGUUUUUCGAAUUUAGGUAACAAAAUACCUUUGUAAUUUUUAUAUAUUUAGGUAACAAAUUGAAAAAUUUUGAAUCUUUAGGUAACAAGUUCAUAAAUCAUUUUAGGAAGCUCACGAGAAGAAGAACUGGACAGAUUUAUUUCGCAAAAUGCUCCAAAACCUCCGGCUGAGUUUGCCAACCUACAUCCAUCAACGUUAUCGGCACGAUCGUUACCUGACGAACAUAGGAAACGAGAUUCACAGCCUCCGGUAAGUUUUUAGGUCUAACAUAAUAUAAAAUUUAAGGUUUUUCUUUCUAUAAACGAUUUUCUUAGCCGAAAAUUAUAUUUUUUUAUAAAUUUUUAAUGUUUAGGUAACAUAUUUUGGUAUUUUUUCAAAUAUUUUUGUGAGCUAUAUGUUAAAUGUAUUACUGACGGCUAAUUUUAGAACUACGCGCCUCCACCGAUCCCAGAAGACAAUGCGGAAGCACCGCCGAUUCCAGAACGGCCGAUGAAAACCUUGUCAAUUGUAAGUUGGUUUUUCUUCUUUAAAUUUGAUUUUUAUGUACUACUUCAUCUUUAUAAUGACAUUCUUUAUCGUAUUUAAAGUCAGAAUGUCAUUUUUUACCGUACCUUAACUCAAACUGUUAUUCUUUACCAUAUCCACCUUCAUAGUGCUAUGAUUCAUCAUAUAUACUUUUAUAAUGCUAUUCUUUAUCAUACCCACCCUAAUAAUGCCAUUCCUUUUUAGUACACAAAGCCGAAAGAGGAGGAGAAUCGAACGCCGAACGAUGUGGCUGUUCUCGAGAACGGUGCUUUUGGCAAAUCGCCAGCAACUCGUCAAAAUCGUCGCAAAAUCAGCGACGCCGAAGUGCUACGUCGUCUGAAGACCAUUGUUACCUUGGGCAACCCAGAAGACAAGUAUCGUAAACUGGAAAAGAUUGGCUCCGGCGCUUCCGGAUCUGUCUUCACCGCAAUGGACAUGGCUACAGGCGCCGAAGUGGCUAUAAAACAAAUGAAUCUAAGUCAACAGCCCAAGAAGGAGCUGAUCAUCAAUGAGAUCCUGGUCAUGAGAGAGAAUCGCCAUCCGAACAUUGUAAAUUACCUUGACAGUUACCUUGUGGCCGAUGAUCUAUGGGUAGUGAUGGAGUAUCUGGCUGGUGGAUCCUUGACUGACGUCGUGACAGAAUGCCAAAUGGAGGAGGGCAUGAUUGCGGCGGUGGCAAGGGAAGUGCUUCAAGCUUUGGAGUUUCUGCAUUCAAGAAGAGUCAUUCAUCGUGACAUUAAGAGUGACAACAUACUGCUGGGCAUGGAUGGUAGCGUCAAACUGAGUGGGUUUUAAAGACGAUUUUCAAAUUGCAAUUUUUUUUAAAUCUUUUGUUAGAUUUUGUAAAAAGGAGAUUUUUUUGCGAGUGUAAAGAAAGUUUUUGUCAUUUUUUGUUUUGUAAAGAAAGUUUCUGUCGUUUUUUGUUUUGUAAAGAAAGUUCUUGCUGUUUUUGCGUUGUAAAGAAAGUUCUUGCUAUUUUUCGAGUUGUAAAGAAAAUUUUUGCCAUUUCUUGCUGCCAUUUCUUGCGUUGUAAAGAAAUUUCUUGCCAUUUUUUUUGAUAAUGACUGAUUUUGUUCUUUUUUAGCUGAUUUCGGUUUUUGUGCUCAAAUUUCGGCCGAACAAAACAAGAGAACAACGCUGGUUGGAACGCCUUAUUGGAUGGUGAGUUAAAUUUAAUCAUUCUUACAUGUAAAAUACGUUAUAACGUCCAUUUUGUAUAUUACAACUUUUUUAAUUGUAAGCAGAGACUAUGGCUUUAUUUUAUAAUUAAACAUUUUUGAGUUGAAGUUAUUGACAAUUUUGGUUUAGGCACCAGAAGUCGUGUCACGUCAGUUAUAUGGUCCAAAAGUUGAUGUUUGGUCGUUGGGAAUUAUGGCCAUCGAAAUGGUCGAAGGAGAACCGCCUUAUUUGAAUGAGAAUCCACUUAGAGUAGGUUUUUUUAAAAUUUUUUGGAUUUUUUCUACGAGGGUUACUGUAUAGCAGGAAUGUUUUCUAGUAGUUCUACCCCUACUACUUCCCCUACCUCUAUUCCUACUUUUACUCCUACUCCAUAUCCUUACCACCACCCCUAACCCUACGCCUACCCCUACCCCUAUUUCUACCUCUAGCUUUACUCUUAACCCUACUCUUACCCUUAUUACUACCACUACCCCUACUCUUAAUAUUACCCCUACCUCUACUUCUAUCUCAACUCCUAUCCCUAUCUCUAUCGCUACUCUUACCUCUACUUCUAUCGCUACAUUUUCACUUAUCGCUGCAUUUACUGUACUAUCUACUACUACCAUUACUCUACCGUCUUACCCCUACUUUUACUCUUACUUCUACUCCUAGCCAUAUUUCUACUCUUAUCGCUACCUCUAACUUGUUUUCUACCCUUACCUCUAUCACUAUCUUACUUUACUUUAUCUUGUACUCGAUCUUACCUUCUUUUUACUAUACCUUUUCUACACUGUUUGUGAGUUAUGUCGUAUUUUACAAUUACCGUAUUCCAGGCCAUUUACCUGAUAGCAACGAACGGUCGUCCCGACUUCCCAGGCCGUGACCGUAUCUCGCCUACGUUCCGUGACUUCAUCGACGCUGCCUUGGAAGUGGAUGUGAAUAGACGUUACUCAGCGGCCAAACUUCUACGACAUUCGUUCUUGCACUGUGCGAAGCCGUUGAACGGCUUGUUUUACCUGAUUGAAGCCGCGAGACGAGCGAUGGCUGAUCAACAAGUCCAAAACUAA